UGCUGCCAGAAGAGAUUGACGUUCCCUAAAUUGAAAAUGCAACAGUCCUCAAGAAUUUUGUGCCUGGUACUAGGCCUGUGGCUGUUGUUGCUCGUUAAAACUGAAAAAAGGAAUUUUGUCAACAAAUUAAGAACGACAAAGGCAAAAAUGCCUAGGUAUAAGCUAGUGGAACUUAUGCUUGUUAAGCCCUCCAAAACCAUGACACAGGCGGAACGGACGCAAUAUAUGGAUAAUUGCAAGCCCCUUGGCAAAAGAUGUCGAUUGGCCGAGGACUGUUGCAGCUUGCAAUGCAUUAAGCGAAGGUACUGUGUUUACUAUGACAUGAGGCAAAUGAGAUUGGAGGCAAAUGCAAUGGAAUGAAAGAAUGUGAUUUGAUUUCAUUGAUUUCAUUAUUGUUUUACAAGCUGAUUAUAUGUACUCGAACCAUAAUCGAAUAAAACAACACUCACAUGUGGUUUCUUGCACCAACUUUAAA